AGAUUACGGCCAUAAAAUCCUCGACUCGAGGGGGAAAAAGAAAUCCCACUGGACGGUCACUUCCAGUUCAUGGACGCUUCAACGGCCCCCUCGCCUCAACUCCCGCUAAAUCCUCCACCACAACCGCCAUUGAAGUUUGAGCCGGACACUGAAAAAAUCAAACAAACUCUUCUCAAGAAGGGCGUGCAUCCAACUCCCAAAAUCCUCCGAGCUCUCCGCAAAAAGGAAACCCAGAAACACAAUCGCAAGAGUAAACGCCUCGCGUCCGAAGUGGACUUAGCAACGCCGCUCACCGAGUCGCAGCGACAAGCGCUUGCAGAAGAGUCCCAUUUCCAGACCCUGAAACGCGAAUACAAGCGCUUCAGCAAAGCAAUCGCCGUUAAAAAUGGCGAUGUUAAGAGCGGUGGUGGUGUUACGCUGAUGGUUGGGAAGCCAUGGGAGGGGAUUGAAAGGGUGAGACUGAAGGAGCUUGCGAGCAGCAGAAACGGAGAGUUCAAUGGCGAUAAGCUGAGGAGAGAGAAUCUAAGGGAGUUGAUGGAGAUGCUUGAGCGGGAUUUACAAUGGGUUUUGGAGGAUGACGUUGAUGUUGAGGGAAUUGAUCGUUUUGGGAGCGAGAACCGGGAGUAUGACCCGGCUAAACGGUGGGCUAGCGAGGGAGAGUCCAUCCGGGUUCUUGUUGAUAGGUUGAGUCGUAGGGAGAUUACUGAGACGAACUGGAAAUUUGUGAGGAUAAUGAAGCAAUCUGGUUUGCAGUUUACUGAGAAUCAGAUGCUUAAGAUUGUAGAGAGGCUUGGCGGUAAGGGAUGCUGGAGACAAGCUAUGGCCGUUGUCCGUUGGAUAUAUGCAGACAAGGAGCGUAGGCAUUUUAAGAGCAGGUUUGUUUUCACAAAACUCUUGUCCGUUCUUGGGAGUGCAAGGAGACCCCAGGAAGCUCUGCGCAUUUUCAAUCUGAUGCUUGGAGAUUGCAAUAUCUAUCCUGAUAUGGCAGCUUAUCAUAGUAUUGCUGUUACACUUGGUCAAGGAGGUCUUCUGAGGGAGUUGCUGAAAGUUAUCGAGUGCAUGAGACAGAAACCUAAAAAGAUUAAGCAUAUGAGAAACAAGAAUUGGGACCCUGUGCUGGAACCUGACUGCGUUGUGUAUAAUGCUGUAAUGCUGGAAUCAGGAAAAUACGAUCUUGUUCAUGAGUUCUUUAGGAAAAUGAAAAGAGCUGGAGAAGCUCCCAAAGCACUCACAUACAAAGUUCUUGUCAGAGCUUUUUGGAAGGAAGGCAAAAUUAAUGAAGCUGUGGAAACAAUUAGGGACAUGGAACGAAGGGGAGUAAUUGGAACAGCUAGUGUAUACUAUGAACUAGCUUGCUGUCUUUGCAACAGUGGGAGAUGGCGAGAUGCUAUGGUAGAGGUGGAUAAGAUAAAAAAACUUCCUCACGGUAAACCUUUGGAGGUUACAUUCACUGGUCUCAUAAGUUCUUCCAUGGAUGGUGGGCAUGUCGAUGAU